GCGGCACGGCGGCGGGAUGGGCGCCGUGCCCGUGGCUGCCCGACGGCGGCGGCGAGACGCCCACGAAAGGCUGCCGCGUCGCCCUCGGCAGCAGCGCGGAGGAGGAGGACGAAUGGACAGGGGAGGGGGACCGCGGGGACUCCAGCAGCACGGAGGUCGGCGGACGGGCCGGGCAGGCGCAGGCUCCUGUCCAAAGGCGGUGGAGGGCGCGCUGGACCGGCGCGCUGUCCCACACACUGGCUGGCGACAUCCGCCGCGAUGGUGAGCAGGCCACCUACGUGCUGGUGUUCACCUGGGCGGCUGAGGAGGAGGAGGAGGGCCCGGUGUCGCGGACGUCGCGGACCGCGGCGAGGUCAUCACCGACCCGCCAGAUAGCGCCAGGAGGAUCUCCAAGAGGCAGAAGGGUCAGGAGGUCGAGAGGCUCGGUGUCGAGCCCGUGCUCGCCGAGGAGUAGCACUGUAUAG